AUGACGGUAAACCACAAUGUCCCGGCGCAGGUCGACGGCAUGAAGCAUCCAUAUCUCGUCUUCGCCGCGAGGCCCGAGCAUGGACAUACUUACCCCAUCCUCCAAAUCGCCAGGGACAUGAUCCGGAGGGGCUUCGAGGCAACCAUUCUCACCGGCGAGCAGUACGGGGAAGACAUCAUCAAGAUGGGCGCGAGGCCUGUAACGCUACCGCAUUACGAUCCAACCCCAGAGGCUUUGGGGGAGCUUGCAAAGGUGACCAGCAAAUUACAAACGCUGGCGUGGGGCUUGAGACACAUCGUCGCCCCCCAGAUGCCCAUAUGGUACGGCACCCUUAAAGAGACUCUGGAAACGUUGCGUUUGGAAAGGCCAGGCCAGCAAUUUAUUAUCAUGAGCGACCUUGCCUUUACGGGCCAGCAGCCAUUGGUCAGGGGCGCACCACUUCCCAAGGGCUUCAGCGUGCGACCGCCCGUAAUCCACAUCAACGUCGUCCCGCUUGCCAUGCCCAGCAUCGACACGGGCCCAUUUGGUCUUGGCCUACCCCCGGAUUCGUCCGAGUCCGGCCGUGCUCGGAACAAGCUGCUAAACGCGAUUUACUAUGGGCCCGACGGCCCAUAUGGCCCUUUCGGUGCCGAGCACAUUCGACUAUUAAAGAGCCUUGGUGCAACUGACAUUCCGUCGACAGUCGAGGCCUGGGGGUACACCACAUCGUUUCCCGACAUUACGCUGCAGGUUUGCUCGCCAAGUCUUGAAUUCCCUCGGUCUGACCUCCCGGACAACGUCCACUUCGUCGGCUGUUUGCCGCGCAAGCCAAUAGGUCCAGACUACGAAUAUCCACAGUGGCUCAAGGACAUAGUCUCCCCAACAGAUGGCAGCACGCGGAAAAAAAGGAUCAUAGGUGUGGCGCAGGGCACUAUAGCCGUGGAUUAUACAGACCUCAUCAUUCCCACGAUCCAAGGUCUCGCCAACGACGACGACGUUGUCGUCAUUGCUCUCCUGGGCAAAAAGGGCGCCACGCUCCCCGAGAGGGUGACAGUGCCUGCAAAUGCCAGAGUGGUCGAUUAUAUGCCCUAUGAGGUGGUGCUCAACCACGCAGACGUAUGGGUGGCCAAUGCUGGAUACGGCGGUUUCACGCAGGGAGUGAUGCACGGGGUUCCCAUGGUGCUUGCCGGAGACACCCAGGACAAGCCUGACAUAGCUAUGGUAGGGGAAUGGUCCGGGGUGGCAUGCAACCUUAGGACUGGGACACCGACCCCCGAGCAGGUGGCAAAGGGUGUCAGGGAGAUAUUAUCCAACGACAGCUACAAGGCGCGCGUAGUGGAGGUACAGAAGGAGAAUGAGGCCAUGAACUGUCUUGACGCCGUGGAGAAGCACAUUUGGGACAUUUUUGCCAAAAUGGGUGACAUUUAG